AUAUCCACUCAGAAAUGUGCCAGAAGCUUGUUACUGACAAACAAAGUGUUUGAUAAAGAUACAACCUGCUGAGGAUCAUUUCACCAGUUUUAGUCGGCGUGAAUAGUGGUUGUAGAUAUUUUAACCUGUGAGUGGAGUGUCUGCACUGUGUGGAUGAGUUAAAAAUCAACAAUAAAUCCAAACUUGUGCAUCCGAUUAGUUUUCAAAACUCACUGACAUUGUGUGUUGUAUACCGAUUCCACCCUGGGAAAACAGUUACCUUUAAUGCAUCAUUAAUAUCCCCAUAUUAAUGGCAUUUAUGCCCCUAAUGAGUGCAUGUAAACAGCUGACCAGAAGUGUAGCUAUGGUCUUCUUUUCUUUAUUUUGUUUAUAUUGUAAGUUACACUCUACAAAGUGCCUGUAUCUGUACAAUGCACACUGUUAGACAAACAUGUGAGCACUCAAUGAAAAACUACCUGCGUAUUUGUGUAAAUGUACCUAUAUUCUUUUUUUUUUUUUAAUUAACAUUAAAAAGGGUAUUUGUGAAACCGAACAUCAGAAAAUAACUUUGCAUGAUUUAGAUUGUAAAUGUUAAUAUUUAUUCUCACACCCCUAUAACAACAGCAAAAAUCCACAUUCAUUUCCUUAGAAGCUUCUGGUCCUACAUUUGCUCAGUGUGUGGGCAAACCACCGAUCUUUAAACAAAACAAGGAUGCAGUUGGUUAGACCGUCCUGUCACACCUUUCUUUCCUGGCACACCUCCACGUGUGGGUCAUUCAGUACCGCAUCUUCUCCUCCACACGGGAAACUGCCUUGACGACAGCUCACCUGCCCCGUCGCUUCUGAGCAAAGAGAUGACUUUCCCACAGCUCCACAGAAGGUGGAUUUUUUUGACGACCGUCUUUUUCAGCCUUGCGUGUGUGUUGAUUUCUUCAUUGUUGUGGGAAACUGCCUUCGAUAGAAGUCUGCAUUCUGAUCUUCAUCUACCUGAGCAGUUCUCCUCGGACCUGCCUGCCUGUUUAGCUGUCAUCACCGGAGACGUGGAGGGCAAAAUGGCUAAACUGGAAGCGCUUCUAGGCUCCAGGAGUAAGAAAUCGGCUCUUACCGAGGAAUUCUACAACAACGCAACAGCGGACUGUGCAGCUUACAUUGAGAAUAGAGGUUUCAUUACGGUGCCUCUUAGUGAGGAGGAGGCAAAUUUUCCUAUUGCAUUCUCCAUGGUGAUCCACAAUAAGAUCGAGAUGUUUGAACGACUCCUGCGAUCUAUUUACGCUCCUCAAAACGUGUACUGUGUGCACGUUGACCAGAAGUCUUCUCCGGAUUUUCACAGGGCUGUUCAGAACAUAGUUUCCUGCUUUCCCAAUGUCUUCAUAUCUAGCAAAUUAGAAAGAGUGGUGUACGCUUCGUGGUCCCGAGUGCAGGCAGACCUGAACUGCAUGAACGACCUGCUGCAAUCCGACGUCCAAUGGAGAUACCUUCUGAACACCUGUGGGACAGACUUUCCCAUCAAAACCAACAGGGAGAUGGUGAUGGCUCUGAAAUUCCUCAACGGGAGGAACAGCCUAGAGACCGAACAAACCAGCAGCCACAAGAAACGACGCUGGGAGUACCACUACGAGGUCACCGACACCAUCCGGGGGACAGGCGAGAGGAAGAGCCCGCCGCCCAUCAGCACCCCCAUGUUCUCGGGAAACGCGUACUUUGUGGUCUCGAGGGCCUUUGUGAAAUAUGUGAUGCGGAACAGAGAGGCGCAGAACUUCAUGGAGUGGGAGAAGGACACGUACAGCCCAGACGAGCACAUGUGGGCCACUCUUCAGAGGAUGCCUUCUGUUCCCGGAUCGGCGCCCGCAAACAGCAAAUACCAAGUGUCGGACAUGCAGGCUCUCGCCCGGGCCGUCAAGUGGUCUUACCUAGCAGGGGACGUGAACAAAGGAGCUCCUUACUACCCGUGCACGGGGGCCUACAGGAGAGCCGUCUGUGUGUACGGAGCUGGGGACCUCCUGUGGCUCCUGAGUCAGCAGCACCUCUUUGCAAAUAAGUUCGACCCAGAGGUUGAUGAUAUUGCCAUCAGGUGUUUGGAGUCCAUUCUGCGUUUUAAAGCUUUGGAUCAUGACUCCCUGGCUUCCCUGCAACAUCCAAAUGUCUUGUAGAAUCUAAUAUGUAUUUUAUGUUGAGAUGUUUUUUUUUUUCCCUUUUCCACUGAAGGUCAAGUUUGAGGUCAGGCAUGGGCCUUUUUGCACAUUCUCAUGGUGUGAUGACCUCAAGUAAGAAUAACACUUCUGCUUUAUUAUCAGAUGUUUAAAAGAAAAAAAGCACAACUUUAUUAACUAUAUAGGUUUGAAUUGCUCUUUGUGCAAAAAUAUUCUGCCUUUUGGCUAUUUUUUAAAGUAAGAAGUCUAAAGAGUUGAAAUUACCUGGUUAAAUAAAACCAAUUAACAGUGUCAAUUGGCUUAUAUAGAACAUUUUGUUUCCAAGCCAUGAAUGUGUUAACCUGGCUCUCGCCAGAUGUAUUUCGCUCCGCCUAGCUCCACUCACAUGUGAGUGGAGCUAGGCGGAGCGAAAUACAUCUGGCGAGUCAGGUUAUGAAUGUGUGGCCAAAUCUCCCUUUCUUGUAUCCACAUAAAAAGUGCCAUUGAGUUCCUGUAGCUAGCCUACAGUUCACAGCUGUGCACAUUUCUUGGGAAAUUCUUUUUUUUUAUCUUGUUAGAUCUCAUGUAAUGUUUAUAUAUUCUUUAUGAUUGUAUAGAAUUCUGUAUUUUGUGUGUAUUUUACUACAGUACAGGAAAUAAUAUUUGACAAACAAAAUGAAUCAUUGAGUCUU